AUAUCAUUGUGUGACUAUUUUGCUCUUUAAUAUUAAUUCGCUAUGUCCAUGUAAGCGGACUUGGCGUUUAGAGUACAUGUCUUUAUUGUACACUUUUACUUUAAGCCUCAUAGCGCUAGAAUAACAGUUUCCUGUCUGAAAGUAACCGCCUGGAUAGCAGCGGUCAUUUCUCCUUUGAAUAAAAUCAACUCUGAGGAGCUGAUUUGGACUGGAGUCACACCUUCUUUUUGGGACAACUUCAUACACAGAUGUUAUCAUAGUCUACUGGAGACGUGCAUGGAAUAGUUCUGGAUCCAACUCAUAUUUUUGUGUUUUUCUUUAUGGAUGGCAUGGCUUUUGAAGAAACGUGAUUUCUCAUAAGUGUUUACAAACUUGUGGGAAGUUAAGCGAAGGUACUGUUCAAGUGAAGUUUCAUUGCAAACAUGGAUCAGCAGGCAGCUGGAGGGGAAGACCCAAAUAAACCCUCCAAAAAGAAAUCCAAUGAGGAUGAGAGUAAAAACAAAAAACUGAACAUACACAUAAAAACAUUGGCUGAUGACAUGCGUGACAGAAUCACCAGUUUUCGAAAGCAAGGCACGAAGAAGGAGAAGCUUCUUAUCCAGCACCCCACAGACCCCAUCUCCACCCAGACCGAGCUGCCUGUGCCCCAGCCUUUCUUCGACGAGCGCUCCAUGAACCUGUCAGAGAAAGAGAUCGUCGACUUGUUUGAGAAGAUGAUGGAGGACAUGAACCUGAACGAAGAGCGUAAGGCCCCCUUGCGAGGAAAGGACCUGAGCACCAAACGGGAGAUGGUUGUCCAGUACAUUUCUGCCACGGCCAAAUCUAUAACUGGGAGCAAAGUUGCGGGUGGACUGAGGAACAGCAAGCACGAGUGUACGCUGUCGUCACAAGAGUAUGUGCAUGAGCUGCGCUCGGGCAUCUCCGAAGACAAACUGCUCAACUGCCUGGAGUCCCUGCGCGUGUCCUUGACCAGCAACCCAGUCAGCUGGGUGAAUAACUUUGGCCAUGAAGGUCUCGGACUGCUUUUGGAUGUGCUGGAGAGGCUUCUCGACAAGAAACAGCAAGAGAACAUUGACAAGAAGAACCAGCACAAACUCAUUCAGUGCCUCAAGGCCUUCAUGAACAAUAAGUAUGGACUCCAAAGGAUCUUGGGGGAUGAACGAAGCCUCCUCCUCCUCGCAAGGGCAAUUGAUCCCAAACAGACUAAUAUGAUGACCGAAAUUGUCAAGAUUCUGUCAGCUGUUUGUAUCAUCGGAGAGGAGAACAUUCUGGAUAAGAUCCUGGCAGCCAUGACCAUUGCAGCAGAGAGGAAUAAUAAGGAGAGGUUUGCUCCGAUAGUGGAGGGGCUGGAGAACCACGAAGCCCAGCAGCUACAGGUGGCUUGCAUGCAGCUGAUCAAUGCCCUCGUUACCUCCCCGGAUGAUUUAGACUUCAGGAUACACUUACGAAAUGAGUUUCUGCGCUGUGGCCUCAAGAAGAUACUACCAGAGCUGAAGGAGACGGACGAGCUCGACAUUCAGCUGAAGGUGUUUAAUGAAAAUAAGGAGGAGGAUUCCAUCGAACUGUCUCACCGACUAGAUGACAUCCGUGCAGAGAUGGAUGAUAUGGGUGAGGUGUACCAUCUCCUGUCCAACAUGGUGAAAGACACAGGCUCAGAACCUUACUUCCUAUCCAUCCUCCAGCAUCUGCUGCUCAUCAGGAAUGAUUAUUAUAUCAGGCCUCAGUAUUACAAGGUGAUCGAGGAGUGUGUGUCCCAGAUCGUCCUCCACCGCAGUGGGAUGGACCCUGAUUUUGCCUACAGGGAGAGACUGGAUGUAGACUUCAGUCACCUCAUCGAUCAAUGCGUGGAUAAAGCCAAAGUAGAAGAGAGUGAGCAGAGAGCAGCUGAAUUCUCCAAAAAGUUCGAUGAGGAGUUUAGCGCACGGCAGGAGGCACAGGCCGAGCUGCAGAAGCACGAGGAGAAAAUCAAAGGGCUAGAGACGCAGAUCAACUCCCUGCAGGCUCAGUUGACUAGUGAGAGAGACAAGCUAAGAGAGGCAGAGAAAAGCAUCAGCGAAAGAAACAGCAAGGUUGCAGCAGGACCUGGAGCAGCCGGUGGCAUUCCUCCACCACCACCAGGUGGCAUUGCACCUCCUCCUCCACCACCCCCUCCACCGCCCCCAAGUGGAGGUAUGCCACCUCCUCCACCUCCUCCUCUACCUGCAUCUAUGGGACCUCCUCCUCCUCCACCUCCACCAGGCUGCGGACCUCCACCUCCCCCUCCACCUCCUGGAGGAGGCCCACCCCCACCUCCCGGUAUGGCUCCUCCUCCGCUCAUUGUCCAGCUGCCUUAUGGGCUGGUGCCCAAGAAGACCUACAAACCUGAGAGCGUCAUGAAGCGGGUGAACUGGUCCAAGAUAGUGCCUCAGGAGAUGGCGGAAAAUUGCUUUUGGCUCAAAGUCAAAGAGGAGCGGUUUGAGAGCACGGACAUGUUCGGCCAGCUUUCACUGUCCUUCUCUUCUAAAUCCAGAGUUAAAAAGGACGUGGAAGAAACAGAUGACAGGAUGACACAAUUCAAGAAAAAAGCGAAAGAGCUGCGAAUUCUGGAUGCCAAGACAGCUCAGAAUCUCUCAAUUUUCCUGGGAUCAUUCCGGCUGCCUUAUGAAGAGAUCCGGGAUAUUGUGCUGCAGGUGGAUGAGGAGAGGCUAAGUGAAGCACUAAUCCAGAACCUGAUCAAAAACCUUCCUGAGCAGAAGGAGCUGAGCAAUCUGGCCGAGCUGAAGAACGAAUAUGAGGAGCUUUGUGAAUCAGAACAGUUUGGAAUUGUGAUGAGCUCAGUCAAGAUGCUGCGUCCUCGACUGAAUGGGAUCCUGUUCAAGCUGACGUUUGAGGAGCAGGUGAACAACAUCCGGCCGGAUAUCAUGAAUGUGACAUUCGCUUGCGAGGAGGUAAAGAAGAGCGAAGGUUUCAGCAUGCUCUUGGAGAUGGUGCUAUUGGUCGGGAAUUACAUGAACUCUGGCUCCAGAAAUGCUCAGACAUUCGGCUUCAACAUCAGCUUCCUCUGCAAGCUUCGUGACACAAAGUCAACAGACCAGAAUACAACUCUUCUGCAUUUCCUGGCCGAGAAAUGUGAAGAAAAGUAUCCUGGGAUCCUGAAGUUCCCUGAUGAGCUUGAGCAUGUUGAAAGUGCCAGCAAGGUAUCUGCCCAGAUCCUGAAAGCCAGCCUGGACACAAUGGAAAGGCAUAUUGAGAGGCUGGAGAACGACAUCAAGAACUUCCCCAAGACUGAUGACAAGCAGGAUAAGUUUGUUGAAAAAAUGUCGGGCUUCUCCAAGCAUUCGCGAGAGCAGUACGAGAAGCUCUCCACCAUGCACAAGAAUAUGCAGAAGCUCUACGAAAGCCUGGGGAGCUACUUCGCCUUCGACCCCCACACCAUCAGCAUCGAGGACUUCUUCGGAGACCUGGCUAACUUCCGCAACCUCUUCAUGGAUGCUGUGCGGGAGAACCACAAGAAGAGGGAGAUGGAGGAGAAGAUCAAGAGAGCCAAGCUAGCAAAGGAGAAAGCUGAGCGAGAGAAACUAGAAAGACAGCAGAAGAAGAAACAGUUGAUUGACAUGAACAAAGAAGGUGACGAGACGGGUGUGAUGGACAGCCUGAUGGAGGCCUUGCAGUCUGGAGCAGCCUUCCGUGACCGGAGGAAACGAACCCCACGCAAUGGUGAUCAAAGCCCUUCCUGUUCUGCACCUCGGUGGCCAGGUGCUAACCAUGACAACCGUCGCACUGGUUUGGAAAGAUCUCGUUCGCGCCACAAUGCAAACCCUAUGGUCCGAUGAUCGCUUGCCGGCUAAGGACGUUUGCCAAGUGCCAAAGACCCACGAGUGGGGACAACACUGAGGAGGGCUGAACAGGGAUGGAGAGAGAGAACCCCUCGGCAUUCACAUACAUACACGUGCACAUGCAUACAGAACGCAGAACCAACGUCAAGAUGUGCUCCACAGCUCCAGACAUGUCAUCACAGGAUCACAUGACACUCAUUUCUCUCUGAAGCCUUAUAUAAUACAUUCUCUUGGUGUAUUGGGCCUGUUCAAUUUGGCAGCGUUUGUUAUUUUCACGAUUACGCCUGUUCUGUUUAUAUCUCUCGAUGCUAACUCCCCUGAUCUAUCUCACAUCCACCUUGCUGUCUGCAAACAAUGAAUGAUUGGCUACAGUUUGAUCUCUCGCUAUUGGAUUUUUCUACACGCUUUUGUUGACAAAAGGCCAAAAGCACCAGAAAGGACUGCAUGAUUCUGUAUGCAUAUUGGCAAAGAGACUUUAUUUGCUGCAUUGAUUGAACAAAAACUUUGACUUGACUGAUUCUGCUUGCCCAUUUUGUUUUUCUUGACAGAUAAAAUUUAGAUUUCCGGUCUGUAACACCCACCGUCAGUCGCAUAAUCUCCGAUCAUCGCCUCUUUCAUAUAUUGCAAAUCCUAUGUAUGUAGAAACAUGAAAACGCUGCUGAUAUUAGCUUCAGUGCCACCGUGUGUACACAUUUGUGCUGUUUAAGAGCUGCCAGUGCCACGAGGUACCUGAGGUGGUUGAAAGAUAUAGCUCUUUAUCUACAGUAAACACUUCAAACAUUCAUAGACAUUUCUCUUACAGAGUCAAAGGUUUUAUUAAGUGAAUCUGCAGGUUUUCUUCGUGAUUUCUUUCUAAGUCACUGUGCUUUUAGCUUUUAGCCCUCUUAUAGAAGAGUAUUUUAGUGAACUGUAGCUUAGCGUUUUUUAAGAUCCAGUGGUCAUCUUUAAGAGCUAUCCCUUACUGACCUACCGCAUUUACUCGCCAUCUAAGCUCUAUCUGAGGUUUUAUCAGAUUUAUUACUCAAAGUUCAUCUUUUUCAAAUUGUAAAAUAUGUAUUUAUUCACAGUUUGCCAGAUUUUGCCCGAAGCCUUUGAUGUAUGAACAUUAACCCGAUUCCAGUGAGGAGUUGGAUAUGAGGAUGUACAGCAGUAGACAUUGACAGUGAGGUGAUGUUCGCAACAUGGAGGCUGACUCCAUGUGAAAACCAUUAGUGAAAUCUCUCCACCACCUCCCGUCAUUGCUGCUUGUUGAGUAGUCAUUUUCCAUAAUGUUUUCUGCCCCCCGUGUCCAUAACACCGCAGGCAACGGUAUGUAAAACAGUAUCUUUUGAGUGACUGGAGUCAUACUGACUCACAUACUGGUACAUGCCACACAGAAGUCUUCUGCUUUUGUAAAUGAAGGCAACGUGUUGAGUUUGCACACCAAAUGCAAGUGAAUACAGUACAAACGUAGUGUGGUACAGAACAUCCUACUGUUAGACAAACCACUGUUAGUCAAGCUUUCUCCUCACACUGUUUGUCAUACACUCUCUCAUGAGAGAGAGAGGAAAGGUCGAGAUGCAGUGAAUCGCAAUCCAUUGAUUUGCUUUUCUAAUUAAAACUGCCCUUUGAAUGGUUUCCAGCACCAAACAACAGAAGCUGCACUCGGCUCUCAUGACUCUCACCAUCGGUUAUUUUAAACUCAUGUUAAUGGUAAUUACAGCAUCCACACGCUUUCAGUGCAGACACCUCCGACAUACAUUGUUAUUUCCCAGUCAGACUCCAGUUACAUAUGUUAUGUCACUGGAACCAGAUAAUUCACAAUCUUUCUGGGCAAAAACAUUAUUUUUUAGAAAUCGGUUUCAAUAAAUGUGCCAAACUUUCAUGGGGUAAAAGUUACUAUACUGAGAUUUGAUUCUAUGAUUAUGAUAAUUAUUGAAAGACGGAGGAAGACGAUUUUGUUCACAUCACAUUAAUAUUUUCUGUAUGAUGACAGUAUAGUGUUGAACCACUUAUACAAGACCGAAACUAGCAGCAGUGCAGCCAUUCAGUUAGGGCUUAGGGACGUAAUCAUUUUUACAACGCUAAUGUCAAAUGUUUAUGAAAGAUACUUCAAAAUAUUGUGUAAUUUAUAGAUUUUUUUUGUUGUUGUUGUUUGUUUGUUUUAUGUCUCUUUCCUAAGAAAAUGUAAUUUUAUACCAGUGAUCUUCCCCUCCAUUUGUGAUAUUGGUGUUAAACUUGUGCUUUACUAUAGGCUAAUAUAUAUGUGUCAUGUGUAUUUGAUAGUGAAUACUGUAUAUAUCCUAAUGCAGGUUAGAGUCUGCAAGUGACUGACAGUGUAGCAUUUUAUGUUAGAUCCAAUACUUUAAUUGGAUGUUAGACAGAGACCAGAAAAGAAGCAAGAAAAUAUGAAGUUACUAGUGCCAAUUUGGGUCUUCUGCCGUCUCAUUUAUCCACAUUUGUUCGAUAUUCUCAGUUCAGACUGUAUGAUGGUGCACUUUAACUUGUUAAAUAUAGACCUGGAGCAAUCUUUUAAUUUGAGAUUUCUUUGCAUAUCAUUGCCAAAAUAGACUGCUUGCAUGUGUGGUAACCAUUCCUGACAAGUGAUUCAAUCUCCAUUCUCUCAGAAGUCUCCCCCAGUUCUCUCUCAUUCCCGCUCAUUGUAAUUGGCACUUGGAACAAGAUCAAAGUUAAAUUGGUAAGAACAACUGCAACUGUCUCAGGACAUUGUUUUGUUUUGUUUUUUUUUAGGUAUUAUAAGACUCCAUAGCCCUACUGCCUUUUUUUCCUUGACGUUGUUUUAUUGUCUUAUAAGCAAUUUAUAUUUGUAACAUCUUUAAGUUUAUUUUUAUCCGUGACAAAAAAAAAGUGAAAAUGGUUAUGCACACUGUACCCAAGUAUGUAAAAGAGUAUCAUACUAAAUAAUAACCACUUUCUCAAAAAAAGAAAAGAAUCAAGUGUCUCUUUUUUGAGUGUUAUUUCCAUAAUGAGUUAUGAAUUAUGCCUUCUCUUGAUGCAGACUCACGCUGUGUCCUAACCAGUCCCUAAAGCACUAAAUGCCUUCUCCUCCAUGGAAAUCUGAACUCACCACAGCAAACGUCAAGACAUUCAGUCAGUCAGUCAGGUGAUUUCUCUAGGCUCUUGUAGAGGAGAGUAGGCAACUGCAGUCAGGUGAGGAGUAAAUAAAGCCAUUUUCACUUCUUGUAGUAGAAUUAGAAAAAUACUUAAGCAUUCAGUGGGUAUUCUUUGUUGCCAAUGAAGUGCAUGCAUUUGAAAUACAACUACUUUAACAUGAACAUUAAUACUAAACUGUAAUACAAUGUACCUACUUUUUGAUUCCUUUUCCAUCCAUUUUUGGUUGAAUAAAUGAUUUCAUACUGAGAUACUG